CCAAACCAGAGACUGUUGCCAUUUUCCUUCAAAUUCAUUGCAGUUUGUAUUGAUUUUGCAUAUCAAUACAUAUUAUUUGAUUUUUGCAAAUUUUGUGACAACACAUCUUUGGUGACUCCACUAAGGAAAUCUCUGCCUCUCAUCUUUCGACUGAAAAAAAAAUCUACCAUAUCUUUCCAAGCAUGGCAGAUUCAAAGCAAGCUAUAACUCCUUUCACAACUCGAAAAGUUCAAAUCUUUUCCAAUCAAUCCUCCUUGUUGACUCGUGGCAAAGCGCACAUGACAAGAUCUAAGUUGGUGUCCCCUCUGAGGCAAUUCACUAGAAGACGUUGUAAGCAGGCUGUAAUGAAAAAACGAUCAUUAGCCAUCCAAUUGCCUUUCCGACCUGUGAAAGAUGUUGAGUACUUCUCCUCAGAAUCUAGUGAAGGUGAAGAAAUAAGUCUCAAGCCCAGUCAUGUGCUUGCUUCAAAGUUAAGAUGGGCUAAUUGUCCUUCUUCAUCAUCUGGGUCCCUCCUGCAUGCCUUUGUUAUUGAAGCAACAUCUGGUGACUUGAAUGCUCUCCUCAAGGCUGUGGAAGGCUUAAGGAAAGCCCUGGCUGAAAAGGAUGCCCAAAUCAAGGAACUCUAAGAACUCUUGGUAGCUCAACACUUGUCAAACCAGAAUAACCAAGCAGCAUCAAG